AAACGUUUACGAAUUGGCUGCGAGCAGAGAAGCCAAGCCCUCUCUGUUUUUCCGCUUUAAAAAUGCUGUGGAAAAGCUCGCACUUCAAGUGGGUACCCUCCUCGGGCAAAGCUCACACCUCUGCACAAUUCGUUUCUAAUCAAAAUCAGGUUUAGGCUUUCCCACUCCGCGGACGUUGUAAGUUUCUCCCUGAUACUGUCUUCCCUGCGUAUCCAUAAUCAGGUUACAAUAGAAGCUUAGUGGCCUACACGUUAUUAGAGCUUCAGAUAUAAAUCAUCGAAAUGCCUGGGAUACUUUUUGUUUCUCCGUUAAUCUUUCCCCACUUAGGUGCAAGUACAAGAACUGUUGUUAGGAUGUCUGUUACUGGAACCAGAAAUGCGGGAGUAUCAUUUGAAGCUAUGACAAUAAAGCCUCCCAAACAUCCUACCUACGAUUUGCAGGGGAUCAUCAAGCUAGCCCUUUCUGAAGAUGCCGGUGAUCGAGGAGACGUGACCUGUCUGGCCACCAUCCCAUCUGAAAUGGAAGUGGCAGCCCAUUUUUUGGCCAAAGAGAAUGGUGUUGUAGCUGGAAUUGCUCUAGCGGAGAUGGUAUUUCAUGAGGUUGAUCCUUCGUUAAAGGUGGAAUGGUUUCAAAAGGAUGGAGAUUGUGUUCAAAAAGGACUGAAGUUUGGAAAAGUUUCUGGGAAUGCAUACAGCAUUAUUGUUGCUGAAAGGGUAGCACUGAAUUUUAUGCAGCGGAUGAGUGGAAUAGCAACUCUAACUAAGGCAAUGGCAAAUGCUGCAUGUCCUGCAUGUAUUCUGGAGACAAGAAAGACUGCUCCAGGGUUGCGUCUAGUGGAUAAAUGGGCAGUCUUAAUUGGUGGGGGCCGAAACCAUAGAAUGGGCUUAUUUGACAUGGUGAUGAUAAAAGAUAAUCAUAUAUCUGCAGCUGGAGGUAUCAUAAAUGCCAUUAGAUCUGUCGACCAGUACUUAGCGCAGAAGAAUCUUCAAAUGNNNNCGAAGGUUGAGACCCGGACAAUUGAAGAAGUAAAAGAGGUAUUACAUCAUGCAUCCCAAACAAAGACUUCUGUGACUCGGAUAAUGUUGGAUAAUAUGGUUGUACCCCUAGCAAAUGGGGAUGUAGAUGUAUCUAUGCUUAAAGAAGCUGUAGAAUUGAUUAAUGGCAGGUUUGAUACUGAGGCAUCAGGUAAUGUCACUCUUGAAACUGUACACAAGAUAGGACAGACCGGGGUCACCUACAUUUCUAGUGGUGCAUUGACACAUUCUGUUAAAGCACUCGACAUCUCCCUCAAGAUCGACACUGAAUUGGCGCUGGAAGUCGGAAGGCGGACAAAACGAGUGUAAAUCUAUAUCCUGUUCUCACUUCAUUUUUCGGCCUGGCCGGUAAAGAAAAAAAAGCUUCAGCCGUAAUCCCGAGUUAUUUCCAGAAUGACGAAAAGAGAAGAAAGAGAAUAGCUGUUUUGUUCUUCUUAUCUGACUUACACUAGAAGCUCUACCAUCCUAAACCAUUACAUCCGGUGGUUGAGAUUUUCAAAUCAUGACCUCUGCAUCUUAACUCCUUGCAGGAUCGUCACUACCAAUUUAUUCAUCGAAGGUUUCUACUUUUUUCCACCUUAAUUUCUUUUAUCUGGGGGAUUAGAUUAAAUGCAUUAAUUUUCCACGAGCGAUUAAA